AAAGGCAAGACGCCCCUACACUAUGCAGUGAGCGCGGACAUACGAGCGGUUGUCCUGAUAUGCUCGUGCAGUGCGAACGGUUUCCAGAUUCCUGAUGCGGACAACAGAACUCCUAUGGAUUUGGCAUUGGCAUCGCCGGACAAAGCAGCCGUUAAAUUUUUUGCCAGUGUAAACCAAAGAAAUCGUCUGCUUUCAACUCAGCGAAACAAACAAUCCUUGGAGAUCGGAUUCAACGUAAACAAACAA